UCUAGUAAGGUGCCUACAUAGUGAAUGUCUCCUGUCAUAAUGUGCGCGUUAUUUCCGAUCGACUCUCCAGAAUUCCUGCAUCUUCCAAAUCUUGUUAAAUGCUCGCUGGCACAUGAAACAAUUGUUAAUCUUAAGUGUGUUGUGCCGCAUUGGUUACGCAAAGGAUGUUGCGCUUCAAUAUGUUUCAGUAGGUAGACAUUUAACACUCUUAGGCUAUCAAGAUCAGUUCUAGUAAGGUGCCUACACAGUGAAUAUCUCCUGUCAUUUGGGAUCGUCUACUUUAAGGCUUUGAUUGAAGUUGAAGUUGGUGAGUGUCAAGUCAAAGCUAGUACACUAGAACUAUUUUUUAUACAUCUUACACUUUCGUCGCAGUCAGCCAUAAUCUUCGUCUAAGAUCAUGGGAGCAUCCAUUUCGAAAAAACUUGAGGAACAACAGAAAAACAAUGACGAUAAAGCCGUGCAAGAGCUGCAGAUGCUGCAAGAGUUGAUGGUUAAUAAAGUUGCCGCCGCUACAUCAAAGAUGAGGGAAGAAGCGCUCAAAGACGCCAAUGUCCCGAUUGUGGCGUUUGUCGACACAUCAGAGAAGUAUUCUGUCAGCGUGUCGAACGUGCCUGAUGAAGACAUAACUAAAUCAAUCAAAGAUAUGUUUGGUGGAAACAUCAUACAGGGUCUUGUGAGCCUCAUCGGCGUGGCCCUCAAUCAGUUCUUGGGAAACACGCAGGCUGGCGCAAGUGAGCAGAACGAUUACCACAUCGUCUUUAGCAAUAACACCCUCAUGCGAAUCGAUGUUAUGUUUUACAAAUACGAGUUUUCAUCCAAAGGAGUUGAAGAUGAACGUCGGAAUGGUUUCUGCUACUGCACACAAGCUGCUGUUAUCGACCUCAAGAAGGUGAGCCCGCAAGUCUUGCUAUACGAGCUCACACGUACAAUUGGCCAUGAAAAUAUUCCCGACGCAGUAAAACAGCUUCAUUUGGCUGAAUUUGGAGAGGAGUUGUACCAAGUCGUCAACGAGUUGACCGCCGCUGCCAAGAAAACCUUCACAGAUUCUGACGAUGGUGCUGAUCGUAAGAAACAAAUAAGAAAUGCAAGCGAAGAAGAGGAUGAUGAAGAACAUGAUGACUGAGAAGCA